UGUUUCCUUACACGUUACAAAGAUUCAAGAUAUACUAGUUCAAGAAUUUGCAUUGAUUUAGAGAGAAGUUAUCGUUUUUUAGAGAGAGAUGGGAAAAGAAUAUGUUAGCGGAGAAAUAGAAGAGAUCAUAAGCUGGUCAUCAAAGCCAGAAGUGCCACUUUUGGCUCUGAACCAUGUUUCAUAUGUUUGCAAAUCUCUCCCCACAUCGGUUAAAUUUUACCAAGAUGUACUGGGAUUUGUGCUCGUAAAACGCCCUUCGUCGUUUGACUUUGAAGGCGCAUGGUUGUUCAAUCAUGGGAUUGGCAUACAUUUGCUAGAAGUGAAAGAUGCUGUGACAAAACAAGGCCAGAAGAUAAAUCCCAAAGAUAACCAUAUUUCCUUCCAGUGCACCAACAUGGACCUGAUUAUACAGAAACUGGGGGCAAUGGGGAUUGAAUACGCGACAGCGCUGGUGACAGAAGGCGGCGUGGAGGUGGAUCAGCUCUUCUUCCAUGACCCGGAUGGUUACAUGAUUGAAAUUUGCAAUUGCCAGAACCUUCCUAUCCUCCCCCUCUCAGGCCUUUCGUCGUGCCCUGUCCCAAACUCGACGACUCUUAGCAACAACAAGGCAUUGCCUUCCCCUUGUGGGAAAGUGAGUUCAAAGAGGGAAGUUGAAGCCAUGAUGAUGGAACAUUUGGUUGUGGGAAUGAUGGACAUAUUUUAAAACAGGUUGCUGGACAACCCAACUGCUACAUCUAUUAUUUUCAAAGCUUCUUCAGGAUCAGAGAGAGAGAGAGGCAUUCUUUUUUUUCUUCCACCUUUACUGUUUUUUUUCAGAUUUAUUAGAAGGAUUUUGUGCGACAUAGUUUAGAUACAUUUCCGAGUGUCGAGUGUAUAAUCUUUUAAUUUUCAGUUCCUUGUAUAAGUGGGUAUAGAAAGCAUGAUUGUUUCUUAAUACUCAAUUUUACCAAUUCAUUGUACAAACAAGAUGAUGAAAUAGACCUGCAUGUUAAAAAUAUUCUUCAGAUAACCAA